AUGUUUGUCUGCACCCCGGCCGCGGCCGAGGUCGGCACCGCGCUCCGCAGGACGGCCAGCAUGCACAUUUCCAGACAUGGGCUAGGCUAUGUCUUUGAGGAUCGUCGGAAGGGCGGGAGGAGUUUCCAGGGAGCAAGGCUUGGUCGAGCCAGGCCAAGCCGAUCGAUCUGCACCCACACGCUCCGUCUCCAACGCUAUUCAACCUUGUUGCUGCUGGACACACACGGGGGCGCGACCGCCAAUCGCACCUCGUCAGACCUCGUAACCCCCGGGACAUCCUUUGCGGGUAAUAAACCGUCCUUAAUGUGUCCGGGUGCCGAGCCCGGCCGGCCGGCGUUUAUUAUGCCGCCGAUAAGCUUGCGACGGAAACUUUGCUCGAGAUAUCGUAGAUGGGCCACCGGACCACUCGCGCAGCGGCGGGAACAUAUAAGCAUCUGUAAAACAGGAGGCGCUCAGCAUGAACUGCUUGGCCCACACAUCCGCGUCUUCCGGAUCCAGCGAAUGAACAUCGCGGCCGGCCGGCGUGCGCCCUCCCGGCUUGCCCAAGACGCGGUGCUGGCUCGACCGACGGCUCUCGUGGACACCGAGCUGCGCCGGCCUCCUCAGUCGAAGUCGGGCUCUCUUUCAAAUAUGUAG